AGUCGAGCUGUAACAGGGGCUACAGAGAGAGGAGGAAAGAUGGCGGAGGCGAAGACGGUACACUCACCGGCGUUGACAUACUUUUCCAUGAUAUCGCUUCUCACUCUCUGCCCUCCCUUCGUCAUUCUACUAUGGUAUACAAUGGUUCAUGCUGAUGGGUCUGUAUUGCAAACUUGGGACUACCUAAAGCAGCAUGGGGUGCAAGGAUUCAUAGACAUCUGGCCAAGGCCAACUGCAAUUGCAUGGAAACUAAUUGCUUGUUAUGCUGCAUUUGAAGCUGCACUUCAGCUUUUUCUACCUGGUAAAACAGUUGAGGGCCCGAUAUCUCCUUGUGGGAAUCGGCCUGUUUACAAGGCAAAUGGCAUGCAAGCAUAUGCAGUAACAUUGAUUACUUAUCUGAGUCUGUGGUGGUUUGGCAUAUUCAACCCUGCAAUUGUUUAUGAUCAUCUGGGAGAAAUAUAUUCAGCACUUAUUUUUGGAAGUUUGAUCUUUUGUAUUUUCUUAUACAUAAAAGGUCAUGUGGCACCAUCUUCGACUGAUUCUGGUUCAUCUGGCAACAUAAUAAUCGAUUUCUAUUGGGGUAUGGAGCUGUAUCCCCGAAUUGGUAAGAACUUUGACAUCAAGGUUUUCACAAACUGCCGAUUUGGGAUGAUGUCUUGGGCAGUUCUUGCUGUGACCUAUUGUAUAAAGCAGUAUGAAGAGAAUGGGAAAGUGGCAGAUUCCAUGCUUGUAAAUACUAUAUUGAUGCUGGUAUAUGUGACAAAGUUCUUUUGGUGGGAAGCUGGAUACUGGAACACAAUGGAUAUUGCACAUGAUCGAGCUGGCUUUUAUAUUUGUUGGGGAUGCUUGGUAUGGGUUCCAUCCAUUUACACUUCUCCUGGAAUGUACCUGGUCAACCAUCCUGUGAACCUUGGAACUCAGCUUGCAAUUUAUAUUCUUGCAGCCGGAAUCACAUGCAUAUAUAUAAACUAUGAUUGUGAUAGGCAAAGGCAAGAAUUCCGUAGAACAAAUGGCAAGUGCUUGGUUUGGGGGAAAGCUCCAUCAAAGAUUGUGGCCUCCUACACCACCACUUCUGGAGAAACAAAGUCCAGUCUUCUUUUGACCUCGGGCUGGUGGGGUUUGUCCCGUCACUUCCAUUAUGUACCUGAAAUUUUGGCUGCAUUUUUCUGGACGGUCCCUGCUCUUUUUGGCCAUUUUCUGCCUUAUUUCUACGUGCUGUUCCUUACUAUCCUUCUUUUUGACCGAGCCAAAAGGGAUGAUGAUCGAUGUCGGUCCAAGUACGGGAAAUACUGGAAAAAAUACUGUGAAAAGAAAAUGUCCUCAUAUGAUAAUGUUAUUGGAGGGAAGCUAAAGCUAAAGGGAAAAGCCCUGGAUGUGAAGGCUGGCGGAGUGAAGAAAAAGAAGAAACACAAGAAGCAGUAUGAUCAAAGUUCUGAAGUCACCGAAAAUGAGCUUUCGGCAGAUGGAAGUGCAAGAUUAUCAACCGAUCCCAACGAGGAAGAUCCAAAUGAUGCCAACAAAUCGAGUGGAGAAAAAAAUGCUGCUCCAUAUGAUGAUCAUCUCACGCCAGCUGAGAGACGAUACAUAGAGCAGAGAGAGAAACUGGAUGUGAACAGGCUGGCCAGGAUAUCUAAUAAAUCACACAGGGAUCGGAUCCAGGACUUUAACCAAUACCUGGCAAACAUGAGCGAGCAUUACGACAUCCCUAAAGUUGGACCUGGCUAACAAACUGAAACAGAAUUUCAGAGUCCCAAGGCCAAAGGAGGAGGACUGCCUUCUCCCUUGGUGCAGGUACCUAGUGCUGUUAUUGCCUAUGUUGUUGUUGGGAGGGUUGGUGUUUGCUGUUUUCCAAAUUAUGCCUUCUUUCUGUUCAUCAACAAAAACACCAUCAUAGCUUUGCUUUGGAACUACCAAGUUAAUACUACUGCAUCUUUGUGAGGAUUUGUCUUGUGGUAUAACUUCCUCCUGCCAAAAACUUUUAACCAUUUUAAUCUUGAUGUACUGAUUCUGUUUAUUGAUCAAUCAAUGGAAGUGAAUCAGCUGUUGUGCCUUUA